AUGAGUAGCGGCACUGGUGAUGAGGUGGAACAGCCUAAAAAGUCAGGUGUAGUUGAAGGUAGCGAGCAACAUGCUUUCAAGGAAGAAGAACCAAGUAAAGAACGGAAUGUCAAGCUGCUAGGUAAUGGUGGAUCGGAGCCCGAAACUGGUUCCAACGGUCCUUCCAGUAAUAGUGCUAAUGUUCCUGUCAAAGUCGAUUCUAAUUCCGGAGUAACCGCUGAUGUUAUGGAUACUGAUCUUAAUGACGUGACUUCUGGUCCAUCUGAACCAGCGAAUGGAGAUCCAUUACUUCAUGCCCAAGAACAUGCUCACGAGCAUGAACACGAACAGGAAGCUGCUCAUGUUUUAGAUUCAUUGGUUUCCUUGUCACAUAACACGGUGGAGACUGAUAUAGAUGAAGUGUCUGCUGCCACUGCUGCUGCCGCUUCUGCUGCUGCUGCCAAUGCCGCUGCUGCCACUGUUACCGCUGCCAAUGCUGCUGCCAGCGCUGCUGCUACUGCUGCCACUACUGCCAGUGCUGCUGCUGCCAUUGCUUCUGUUGCUGCGACUACUGCUGCUGCUGAAGCUGAUGCUGAAGCUCGUGAAAAAACUACAUCGAUAUCCGUGAACUCAAAUGGCCUUUCAAAACUUGAUGGCGAUGGUAAUAUAAAUCCAGCCAUUAGUACGGAUGGCUCUGUCUCGUCCCUAAUUGGAGCUGCUACAGCAUUAAAGGGUGAAGGAGAUAUGGUAGAUGUAACGACACCUAGUAUGACGCCAGGGAGUGCAACAAUAGCACCUCAUUCUUUGUCGCUUACUCCCACUUUAGAUCAUGCGUCUGCUCCUGCGUCCGAUGCAAUGGAUAUAUCUGGUGAUGACGAACUGAGUCAUAGAGUUAAUGGAGAAGCAACAUCCCAAUCGCAUUCACUACUACCGUUUGAGGAUACCACAUCAUUCAACCAAAGCACGGGACAAAAACGCAAACGUGACGAAGGUGAACAACGUGUAGAGCCAAAAGGUGCAGGUGAUAUCAGCGAUUUGAAGAUCAAUCGAACAGAACAACCACUGUCUUAUGAUUCGAUCUCUCUGUCUUCUUCAGCCUCUCCUUCAGUAGCUCACAGCACAGGUGGUCUAAUUAAUAACGUCGCUACCACUGCUAUUGUAUCUGCAGUUGCACCUCAACUCACACAUGUGCCUCUCAAGACUGGUCUAUGUUAUGAUGUCAGGAUGAGAUAUCACUCACGAAUUGUCACCUCUCCAUAUGAUUAUGUUGAUCCACAUCCUGAAGACCCAAGGCGUAUAUAUAGAAUCUACAAGGCCAUUGCCGAAGCAGGGCUUAUCACCGAUCCAAACCUGGAAGGUGUCGAUGACUUAGGGCCCUUGGUUCAGAAGAUUCCUGUGCGUGAGGCCAGUGCCGAAGAGAUUUUACUUGUCCAUAGUCAGGAACAUCUUGACUUUGUUGAGUCUACUGCGACAAUGCCUAGAGAGCGGUUAAUUGAAGAAACCGAAAAGGGAGACUCAAUCUAUCUUAAUAACGACUCUCAUAUGGCAGCUAGGCUCUCUUGUGGUGGUUCUAUUGAAGCUUGUAGAGCUGUUGUCGAGCGCAAAGUGAAGAAUUCAAUCGCAAUUGUAAGACCCCCGGGUCAUCAUGCUGAGCCCAAAACACCUGGUGGGUUUUGUUUAUUUUCCAAUGUCGCUGUGGCAGCCAAGGCCAUGCUUCGUGAUUAUCCCGAGUCAGUUAGACGGGUAAUGAUCAUUGACUGGGAUGUCCACCACGGCAAUGGUACUCAACAUGCGUUUUUGGAUGAUGAUAGAGUGCUAUACAUUUCACUACAUCGUUAUGAAGGGGGCAGAUUUUAUCCUGGAACUGAUUUUGGUGCCCAUACCGUGGUAGGUGAAGGUCCCGGCAAGGGCUAUUCUGUUAAUAUUCCCUGGUCUCAUCCAGGAAUGGGUGAUGGUGAUUAUAUAUAUGCAUUCCAUAAGGUCAUUAUGCCUCUGGCGCUGGAGUUCGAUCCUGAUUUAGUUAUCGUGUCGUCUGGUUUUGACGCUGCUGAGGGUGACUUAAUCGGUGGUUGUUUAGUAUCACCUAAUGGAUAUGGAUAUAUGACUCAUUUACUGAAAUCUCUUGCAAAUGGAAAUCUAGUCGUGGUCCUGGAAGGAGGUUACAGUCUUUCGGCUAUUGCUACAUCUGCUUUAGCUGUCGUCAAGGUACUAUUGGGAGACCCUAAUGGCGUGCCCAAAACCAAACGGCCUAGUUCAUCGGCAAUUCGCGUCAUCGACGACGUGAUCAAAGUUCAAUCGCAAUUUUGGAAGAGUCUGAAGCCGGAGAUUAAUGUUGUAAACCUUGGCGAGGCGGAUCGACAUGUACGAUUAACAGAUGCCAUUCGUGGUUCACUAGCUCAGAAAUUGGCUACUAAGCAUGACUUAUCCUUGCUACCCAUUCUUAAUGACAACCUUCCUAUGGUUCAAGAUAGCCAGCUUCUGGCGUCUCCUAAAAUCCACUCAAAAGAAAAAAUUAUUAUUAUUGUUCACGAUGCGCCCGAAGUGUGGGCAGAUCGUGACCCAGUUACUGGUGCCAUUGACCCAAACAAAUCGAUUGUAGUCGAUGCUACCGAGACAUUUAUUAAUUGGGGUGUUGAAAAUAACUAUGGUAUUUUGGAUAUCAACGUACCUGGUGAUAGCGAUAUUAUGGAUGACGGGUAUACGAUAGUUGCAAACUCGCAGGAGACUUUGAUUUAUGUGUGGGACAAUUAUAUUGAGUAUUUUGAUGCCAAACAUAUUGUAUUCGUCGGUACCGGUGAUGCCUAUGCGGGAAUUGUUCAUUUGGCGGGCCACCGUGAGAUCCGGGAGCGUACAGAUGCUAUCGUAUGUUUUAUUGGCGACAUUUCUCUGAAGCCAAUAACUCCGGUUUUGGAUGAGUAUGUUACAGACUGGUUCUUCCGAUCGUCCCUAAUAUUCACGUCUAAAGAACAUCCAUCUUGGGACGUACGCAUUAAUCCAAAGAAACCGCGGAAGAAGUUCGGCCGUGUCAUCCAGUCCGACUCUCUUAGCGUCUAUGAUAUCGUUGAUGAGCGUUUCGAAGAGGCUACUGAGUUCAUCGAAGAGUUGGUAGACGGCGAGGAGGAAGAAUAG